GAUGACAUUGAGGAGUUGCUCUUAUACUUUAAAAAGCUCUCCCUCGAGUCGGCAGUUGCUGAAAAAAAGACCGUGACUUCCUUCCAUCCCGAUUGCAGAUACUGGAAAUCUUGCAAGCUGCCCGAGAUUAAUAACCCUGUAGAAUCAUGAGUGAGAGACAAGGAACUACAGCAGCUGGAGGAAACAGCAAAUCAACCAGUGGAAGAGAUGCUUCCAAGAAGGAUGUCCCAGAGGACUUUGACAUUGACAUGGAUGCUCCGGAGACCGAGAAGGCAGCAGUUGCCAUCCAGUCACAGUUCAGGAAGUUUCAGAAGAAGAAGCAGGAUGUGAAAUCCUAGUCUUGGCCAUCCAGCACUCUUUCUUGUGGAGGAAUAGUUCAGAAUGGGCUUGGUGGUGCAUGUCUAAGAAUUUACAUCAUACGGACUUAAGGGAACGAUGAAAGCAAUUCAGUAAAUUUCCACGUAAUGAAGAAAUGUCAAAAGAAUCUCUAUGUAACCUAUGAUUUAAUUCGUGUAACAAUAAAUUAUAAAGUUCUGAAA